GGUCCAGUGGGUUUUGGGAUCUGGGAUUGCCUAGUUUUGCUAAAAUUGGGGUUUCUUUGAUAUAAAAAUUCGAUCUUUGAUGCUUUUUUUUGAUUUAUUUGGCGUUAAUUGGUUUAAUUUGAUCGCAAGACACGAUAAGGCUGUUUUGCUCUUCCUGACAAGUUUUUUGCACUAAAUUUUGUUUCGAAAUUAUUAGAUUGUAAGACAUUGGGAAUUGUUUAUUGUUUCUCUCUCCCCCCUCCUCUCUCUCUAUCUGGUGGGGAAUUGAGCUCCUAGGAUCGUUUUGGGAUCUGAGUUUCUUUUGUUCUGCUGAAUUCUAAGUAAUUUUGGAAUGAAAUAUCGAUUUCCAAGCCGGUCAUCUUUCUUUGGUCGAAGAUAUUGGGUCUUCUUAGGAUGGUUUUCUAUGCUCUUCUUCACUUCUUUAUCUUCUUCAAUUCUCGUGGCAUCGGUGAUGCUUAACUGAGUGUCUGCUUUAGGACUCGAGUGGACUGUAGCAAUUUAAGAGCAAUGGCAGCUUCCGGUGAACCUAAGAAGAAAGGCGAACUGAGGGUUUUUGAAAGUUUAGAUGAGCUGGCUACUGAGUUGGCUGAAUACAUUGCACAAUUAUCAGAGAUUUCGGUGAAAGAGAGGGGAUGCUUCACUAUUGCUUUAUCUGGUGGAUCUCUUAUCAGCUUGAUGGGGAAACUCUGUGAGGCUCCUUAUAACAAGACUGUUGACUGGACAAAAUGGUAUGUCUUCUGGGCUGAUGAGCGUGCAGUGGCAAAGAAUCAUGUUGACAGUAACUACAAGCAAACGAAGGAUGGGUUUCUUUCCAAGGUAUCCAUUCUCAACAGCCAUGUCUACUCCAUCAAUGACAACGUGACAGUGGAGGAUGCAGCUGGGGAGUACGAAUUUGCCAUCCGCCAGCUAGUCAAGAUCCGAACCAUAGGUGUUUCCGAGAUCAAUGACUGUCCCAAAUUUGAUCUCAUCCUUCUUGACUUGGGCUCUGAUGGCCAUGUGGCUUCCCUGUUUCCCCAGCACCCAGCCCUCGAGCAGAAAGAUGAGUGGGUCACCUACAUCACCAACUCCCCGAAGCCCCCACCUGAGAGGAUCACCUUCACGCUCCCCGUUAUCAACUCAGCAUCUAAUGUUGCCCUGGUGGCUUCAGGUGAAGACAAAGCCAUGGCAGUGCACCACGCGAUUGCUGAUGGCGUGGAUGCCUCGCCGUUGCCUGCCCGAAUGGUUCAGCCAACUGAUGGGAAAUUGGUUUGGUUCAUCGAUAGGCCAGCUGCCUCAGUUCUUGAUGCUGGUAACAAUGACUCUCAAAAUGUUGAAUGAAGUAGGAGAUCUUUAGCCAUAUGUUAAUGUGUGUAUGUAGAGGAGGGAAUUUGACAACAAAUCUUACUGUUUUGAGUGUGGCUUUUCAGCUGUUUUUGUUAACUUUCUGAGUGCGGUGGUGGGGGAGGGGUACUUGCUAAAUGAUCAGUGGGUUGGCACAGAACAAAUAAGUCGGCUUGGCACAAGGCGUUGUGCCCUUUUUGGCAGCUGGGAAAUGGUUAGAAAUGAUGUAGAGAUGUAGAGAGGAGGGUGGUGAGUGUGUCCUUGUUCAUAUGCUUACAUAAUAGAGAUCAAUUUCUGGGAGUUGACAGUAACUUCUCAAUAUUCUUUUUCCAAAUGUGAAUCCACCUUAACUGCAA